CCCCUCUCAAGGAGCAUCCUCGAACCACCCUCCUGGGCUCAGAUGGCACCCCCAGCCUGCCCUGGAAUCUCGGCAUGACCAUCGUGCCAAGGGGAAGCUUGCCAACUCCACCGAGUGCCACCACCGGGGCUGCUGGGGAGACUGGACUCAUUGGUGGAGAGAUGGAUGAGGCAGAUUCUGGAGUCCUGAAAUGUAAACCCCCCUCUGAAGAUGUUGUCUCACUUGCUCCUUCAGCAACAGAGUCUGUGCUUGUGGAAGAUGCUUAUUUGGCCUCCUUGUGGCAUGAGCUGGAGACCGAUGCCCGGGAGUUCGAGGCCCAGUCGUGGAGCCUGGCGGUCGAGCAGCCGUACGCGAGGCAGCAGGAGCGGGAGGUCCUCAAGCGGCAGGACGUCAUCUACGAACUGAUGCAGACGGAGAUGCACCACGUCCGGACCCUCAAGAUUAUGCUGAAGGUCUACCUGCGAGCCAUGAGGGAGGAGUUGCAGUUCAGCAAUGCUGUCCUCCACCGCCUCUUCCCCUCCGUGGACGAGCUGCUGGACCUGCACUGGGCAUUCCUUUCCCAGCUGAAGGAGCGCCGGAAGGAGGCCCUGGAAGAAGGCAGUGAGCGCAACUAUGUCAUCCAGAGAAUUGGGGAUCUCUUGGUGCAGCAGUUCUCAGGUGAAACCGGGGAGCGGAUGAAGGAGAAAUAUGGCAUCUUCUGCAGCAGCCAUGGCGAGGCAGUGAAUUACUAUAAAGAGCUGAUGCAGCAAAGCAAGAAAUUCCAGAACUUGAUCAAGAAAAUCAGCAAUUCUUCCAUUGUCAGGAGACUCGGGAUCCAGGAGUGCAACCUCCUCGUCACGCAGCGCAUCAUGAAGUACCCGGUCUUGGUGGAGCGCCUCAUUCAAAACACUGAAGCUGGCACAAAAGAGUACGAGGACCUGACCCAGGCGCUGCAGCUGAUCAAGGAGGCCAUCACGGCCGUCGACACCAAAGUGAACGAGUGCGAGAAAGCGCAGCGCCUCCGAGAGCUGGUGACCAAGAUGGAGCUCAAGUCUUCAGGGAAGUUCAAGAACGGACUGGUCUUCCGGAAGGAGGACAUGCUGCAGCGGCGCCUCCUGACCGACGGGAUGCUGUCCUGGAAAGCUGCCUCGGGGCGCCUGAAAGAUGUUCUCGCUGUUCUGCUGACGGACGUUCUGCUGCUGCUACAGGAGAAGGACCAGAAGUACGCGUUUGCGUCUGUGGAUCCCAAGCCGCCAGUGAUCUCCUUGCAGAAGCUGAUAGUCCGGGAGGUGGCCAAUGAGGAGAGAGCCAUGUUCUUGAUCAGUGCCUCCCUGAAAGGACCCGAGAUGUAUGAAAUUCACACCAGUUCCAAGGAGGACAGGAAUUACUGGAUGGCGCAGAUCCGCCGGGCAGUGGAGAACUGUCCCGAUGAGGAGGAGAGGACCCCCGCCGACCCCGAGGAGGAGAGGAAGCAAGCCGAAGCGAGAGCAGCGAAGCUGAAGGAGUUCCAUGACCGCCUGCGGGUGAAAGACGACCUGAUCAUGCAGAGCCUGAAUGAGAAGCAGCAGAUAUACUUGGAGAUGGCGGAGAUGAAUGGCUUCGAGGUGGCGCCCCAAGCCUCCCGCCCCUGGCUCAUCUGCAGGACGGAGUCCCCCGAGGACCUGCAGGGGGAGGUCCUGGUCAAGCAGGCGGUGUCUGAAGCGGAGAGCAUCCAGAGCUGGCUCUUCAUGCAGCUGGGGAGUGUGGCCUCUCAUCCCGAGGACAGCUGUGCGCCGGGUGCACUGAGGCGAGCGGAGACCUUCGGGGGCUACGACAGUGCCGCGGCUGGGCUGGCCAAAACUGGUAGUUUCAAGAAGAAGGUGUCUGGUGGAGACCAGUGGGUGCGGGAGCGCCGAGGCCUUCCGACUAACCCAGAGGUGCCUCUCCAGGAGCUUCCUUCGGCCAUCAAUGAAGGGCCGUGCUUGAGUGAUCUCUUGAGGCUGGAGGGCAGCGGCCGACCUCCACCGGCUGUGGAGUCAGAGCUUGUUCAAAGGAUACAGGCCCUCUUGAGGUUGCUUCUCAGCCUGCAGGCGGUGAUGGCACAGCAGGACAGCUACAUGGAGCAGCAGCAGAGCAGCCUCCUGGACCGCGAGAAGCAGCUCCGCCUGCAGUCGACCCGGGGGAGCCUGCUGCUGGAGCAGGAGCGGCAGCGCAACUUUGAGAAGCAGCGGGAGGAGCUGGCCAACGUGCAGAAGCUGCAGGGCCAGCUGAAGGUGGAGCAGCAGCGCUGGGAGCGCGAGCGGGACCGCCAGCGGCGCGAGCUGGAGGCGGCCGAGGCCCAGCGGCAGGAGCGCGAGGAGGCCCUGCGGCAGCUGCAGGCCUGCCUGGGCCAGGAGAGGGAGGAGCUGGAGCGGCAGCGGGAGGCCUACCAGCACGACCUGGCCAGGCUGCGGGAGGCCCAGCGGGCCGUCGAGAAGGAGCGGGAGCGCCUGGAGCAGCUGCGCAGGCUGAAGAAACCGCCGGGGCCCUUCUCUCCUGAAAUGGGCCCGGGUCACCCCCUGACCCAUUCGGUCAGCUUCAACGGGGAAGGGCUGGAAGGAAGCCUGGCCCCCGCGAAGCCCUCUGGACGGGCCAGCAUCUCAGGGGCGGACUACCUGGAGCGGACGGAGCUGGCCCGGCGGGAGAGUGCCGCGGCAGAGGGGCGUCCCGUGCUGCCCCUCAAGAACGAGGUGCCCAUCCACCUCCUGAGUGCCACCAACCAGAACCAGAAGCAGGCCGCCGUGCAGCAGCAGAUCCCCACCAAGCUGGCAGCUUUCACCAAGGGCAGCAAAGAGAAAGGGGGCAAGCCUGGCAGGGCCUCCCAGCGGGCGGACAGCUCGGCGUCAGUCGACCUGCGGCAGCUGCUCACUCCCCGGCUGGCUGGGAAGGACGAGUCCGGGCCCCGCAGCAGACAGGUGGCCAGCCCGGUUUUCCUGCACGGCCAGAACACUGCCCCCCUGCCAGCGGAUCCAUCCGGCCCCGCGGAGAGUCACCCAGCAGCGCUGCUCCCCCCUGCCCAUCCGGUCAAGCCCAGCAGCAUCCACGCCCUUCCGCCCGCCCAGGAUGAUACAGCUGCUGCUGCCGCCACCAAGGAGGACAUUAUCUUCUUCUGACCAGCACCCAGAAGGCCUCUUGUGGGAUUCCCACUCAGGUGCUUUCUUGUCCCUUCCGGGCAGGUGGGGCCUUAGCCACGGCCUGUGCCUCCCUAGCCUUUAUCCUGAACUCCCUGCUGCCCGUGAGCAAAGAGAGGCUGAGGCCAGGAGCUCCGUGGAUGGGGGGGCAGCUGCAUGUCUGCCAGUCCCAACCCUCCGCCGGGGAGCCGCACUCCCCCAUCUCCGCAGAGGAGACCGACACCUCCCUCUUUGGGGUUCUGGGACGGCCGCUUCUGCCAAAGAGUCUGGCUGUGGGUGGUGGUGCAGAAGCCAACUGCUGUGGCGGCAGGUCUCCUUUCCCAAGAGAAGGAAGCACAGCUCAGAUUUGCAGGAGCGGAGACGUCUUUUGACCCUGCACGGCAAAACGAAGGGAGGGAAGACACUUGACACUGUCCCACCCGCUGGCUUCCGCCCGGCUCUUUCCCCCCCGCUGCUUGGGACGGGACGGGGUCUCUUCUGCCACGUUCUGCUGCUCGAUGUCCGUGUCACGUGCUGAUCUGCUCUCUGCAUGACUGCGAUGCCAAGCGCCAGGUGCACCCCUCGCCCCGGGGACAGAGGCCUGGUCUGCGUGCAAUGAGACCCCUUCACACACCCUUGCAGCGUCAACAGGACGGUUCUGCGAGGGCUGUCACAUGGGAAGGAAGGGUAGUGGAGGUGGGGAGGCGUCUCUCUGGCUGCCUGCAUUUCUCUAGAUCAGUGCAGCUUUUCUUUUUUUUAAUAAAACCCAUUCCCAUGUGGAAGAAUAUCUUGGGAGUGCAAAGAGACCGGGCCCCCCACGGUUCCAGCUUCCCUUCCACACCUGCUGCCUGAGCCUCGAGAGCAGUUUUGAUCCUGUGGGGAGUGCAGGAGGGAAAGCUCCUUCCUUGUUUGUACCCCCUUUAGCUUUUAUCAAUCAGCCCCCCUGCCCCCAUUUCAGAGCAGAUGUGAUCCUGGGCAUACAUUUCCUUUUGCACGGCAGGGCAGGAGUUGGCUUCCCUAACCUCACCUUCCUGUGCUCAGGUUGUGUCUGACUUGGUCAAAGAGGGCCAGGUCAGGCCCAGUGGCAGGGAUGGUCGUGGCCACGGCUGUCUUUGUCAAACAAGCCUCUGUGCGGCAGGGCGAGAGAGGGACGUGGCACCUCUUCCCAGAAGCCCCCCCAGAAGCCGAUGAGAUGCAGGGAGGGGGGCCUGGAGUUGUGACUAGGGGGGCUCUGAGCCUGCCACCCCCACACCCCAUCUGCUUGUUGAGGCCGCUGGCAUCCCGAAUACCACGUGUGCCAUACUCCAUCCGUGUUUGUAAUCUAUGUGUGUACAGUUUUUGUACUGAGAAGAAUUGGAGCACUUUAGACUGCGGCUGGCGUUUUUCAAGGACCUUUUCUAUUUCCUUCUUGUGGCGUGAGAGAGAGAGAGAAACUUCCCCCGUGCUGGACCCCGCUUGAUGCUGCUGCUGCUGCUUGUGUCUUAAAAAGCUACACACACACACCCCAUCUUUGCCCUGCUUGCACAAAGCUGCAGUGAUGCCUUCCGGUGGCCCCUGCAAGCGCCUGACAUAGAGUCCAUUCCUUGCCUGUAAUUCUGUAGCAAGCUCUUCGUCUCGUCGUCCUCUUAAUUUUAUUGGUGAAGUCCUCUGGUUCAAAAUGUUCAAUAUGUUUGUUGAAUUGUGCACUAUUUUAGUGAUCAGAAAGGUGAUCUG